AUGAAGCGCUGUAUUAGAAAAACACCAAAUUGGGCUAAGCUGUAUAAUGUUCGACAGGAAAAGAGUGAGAAUCCAGCUGCCUUUUAUGAACGUCUGUGUAACACUUGUAAGAAAUACACAGACAUUGAUCCGGACAGUGCUAAUGGAAAGCAGGUGUUGAUUCCCCUCUUCAUUGGACAAUCUUAUGAGGACAUCAGGAAAAAGUUGCAAAAAUUGGAGGGGGCAUCGGGUAAAAAUAUAAGGGAGCUUUUAGAGAUUGCAAUAAAGGUUUAUGAUCGCAGAGACGAUGAGGAACGAAAGAAAGGGGCCCGCGUUUUGGCACUGGCCCUAAGGGAGGGAAAUGAGGAGAAGGGGGGCAAGGCUAAAGGACGACCGGGGCCACCGACAUUGCUCGGACGAGACAUCCUCACUAAAUUACAGGCGGAGAUCUCGUUCGAGAACGGGAAAAUGGAAGUUAGAAUCCCGAAGCAACAAGCCUCUAACUACCAGAUGGCUCUCAUAAGUGCUGGAAAUCACUCCUCGGAAUGUCAGGAGAGUGACGAGAGCCAGCUGCCGGGGGUUAACUCUGAGGCCAAGUACCUAAAGACCACGGCUGGUUCUCGUUUCACGGAGAAAGCUCAAUUAGUUAAGCAACAGGUCACCUUCCUCGGGUAUCACCUCUGCCAAGGGAGUCGCAGUUUGGGGAAAGAAAGAAUUCAGGUUAUACUCGACAGCCCUCAGCCCCGGAACCCCCGAGAAUUAAGAGCAUUUCUGGGACUGACCGGCUUUUGUCGACUCUGGAUUCCUGACUAUGGGGGAAAAGCUAAACCAUUAUAUGAGUCCCUAACUAAGGAAGGUUUGCUUCACUGGGUAUGGACCAAGGAAAUGGAAAAAGCAUUUUGAGAGCUUAAAGAAGCCUUGGUUCAGCCUCCUGCUCUGGCUCUCCCAGAUUCCCGAAAGCCAUUCACCCUAUACGUUCAUGAAAGGAGAGGGGUGGCAGCUGGAGUCCUGUGCCAGAGGUCAGGGCCAACCUGGCGACCCAUUGGGUACUAUUCAAAAGUCUUGGACCCCGUCGCCAAGGGAUGGCCUGCCUGUUUACGGGCCGUAGCGGCAACCGCCCUCCUCGUACAGGAAGCCGAAAAAUUAACCCUGGGUGGAGAUACUGAAGUUGUGGUCCCCACGGGUGCCUCAGAUACUGGGAACUGUGGGGCUCCUGUUGGCCCCAAUCUGACCUUUAAGACAGUCAGUUCCCUUAACCCGGCCACUCUACUGCCCGACCCUCAGGCCUCCUCUGAGGCCGGUCCUAUUCAUGACUGUAUUGAAGUCUUACAACAAGAGACCAAACCCCGAUCUGAUCUCUCAGACCUGCCCUGGCCCAACCCCGAUGUUGAGGGAUAUGUUGACAGGUCUAGUUAUGUGGUAAAUGGCAAGCGAUUUACUGGGGCGGCAGUAGUGAUUAAGGAUAAAGGGAUACACAAAUUUAAACUCAGCCCCAACUUAUCUGCUCAGGCAGCAGAACUAGUGGCUCUCAUUGAAGCUCUCCGCUUGGGAGCCGGGAAAACCCUUAACUUGUAUACUGACAGUCGGUAUGCCUAUAUGGUAGUGCAUGCACAUGGGACCCUGUGGAGAGAAAGAGGAUUCAUUACGGCCUCAGGCCAAAAGAUUGCACAUGGGAGCCUCAUUAAAAUGUUGCUCGAGGCCCUAAUGCUCCCUCUCCAGGUUGCCGUGAUACAUGUGCGUGCCCAUGGGAAAGCCCCAGAGGCCGAACAACGGAGGUAUAACCAGCUAGCUGAUCAGGCCGCGAAGGAGGCCGCCCGAGACGGGCCUUAUGGCUUCUCAUGGUUCAGGAUACCGAGGCUAAAACCCUCCUCCCAAUACACGGCCGAGGAGAUAGGUCAAGCCCAGGCUGCGGGAGGCCGGCAGGUUUCCUCUGGAUGGUGGAGACUGCCUGGGGGAGAGGUUUUUGUCCCCAGGCCAGUACUCCAGGAAAUCUUCCGGCUCUUGCAUAAAGAGGGACAUUUGGGGUCUGGGGCAAUGGUUGAUUUAGCCGCCAGAUCCCUCAAGGGGCUGGGUAUGCACAUGGAGGCCCAGAGAAUUGUUAAUAACUGUGCCGUCUGUCAGCAAACAAACCAGAAGGGAUGUGGCCCUCCUGCCCCGAUGGGAGGCCGACCAUGGGCUAUGUUCCCUUUUCAAAGGUGGCAAGUUGACUUCGCUGAGGUGCCCCCUUGCAGGGGCUAUAAAUACCUGCUUGUAUUUGUUGAUCAACUUACCGGAUGGGUGGAAUGUUACCCCACCCGGCAUUGUCAGGCCCGGGCUGUCACCAAGGCCCUGGUACAAGAAAUACUUCCUCGUUUCCAUCUCCCCGAAGUAAUUGAGUCUGAUAGGGGAAGCCACUUUGUUUCACAAGUGGUCCAGCAGGUGUCCCAGGCUCUCGGCAUACAGUGGAAACUACAUACACCCUGGAGGCCGCAGAGCUCGGGUCAAGUGGAAAGGAUGAAUAGAACUCUCAAAGAUACUCUUACUAAAAUAUGCACAGAAUCUAACUUAAAGUGGCUCGAUGCUUUGCCACUCGCCCUCACCCGCAUUCGGAGGGCCCCGCGAAAGGGUCUUAAACUUUCACCCUUUGAGCUGGUCUUUGGGUUUCCUCCCCGAGUACUCAUCCCAGGGUUCCGGGAGGACGUAACCUGGGAAGUGGGAAAUGACUUACUAUGGAAACAGGUUUCCGGGUUGCAAUCUGUUUUGUUACAGCUGCAUCGAUACGCGGCGCCUUUCCAGGCCCUUCCUUGGACCAGACCGUGCAUCCAUUCCGGAUCGGUGACCAGGUCCUUAUCAAAAAGUGGAAGCGUGACCCUCUCACGCCGAGGUGGGACGGUCCACACACUGUUUCGCUCAUCAGCCAAGCCGCGGUUAAAGUCCUCGGGAGCGACAAAUGGACACACCACACACGGGUUAAGCGGUUCCUGAACCCGAACCUGGAAGCCGACUCAACAGAAGAGGACAUCAGCCCUCUGUCCGCCCCGGCUCCGGAGGCCCGGGGUGGCACGGGCGAAGACACCGUCUGGGAAUAUCAAGGACUAGAUGGACUAAAAGGAUUGUUUAAGAGAAAACGAGAAUGCAUUUACUAUUGAUACUAUUGUUUGUAUAUUCGCACUGUUACUCUGAUUGGGAAAAUAGGUUUGUGCAACUAGGGGAGACAAUAGCUAAUUCCUUUA